UCAUGUUGCCGUCUCAUAGCUAACUCGUUAUUGUCUCAGGCCUUGUCCCCUUACAACAAGCUCCACUGGCACAAACAAAGAUCGAAUCGAGACGCAUUCUCGGUCAGCCUCAUCGCUGUCGUUCCUCUCUUGAUCUUCUUUAUCGUCGUCUUAUUCGGGUGUGCGGUUACCAGAGAGAGAGUCUUGGUCGAACAGCAGGACUUUUGGCCUUUGUAGCUCGGCUGUUCUUGGCCAAGACGGUAAAGGCGAGGAGAGAAGGGAGGGGAGCUAGAUCGGCCAUGGGCCUUCAAGCUGUGUGACAAUGAGGUAGUACGUACGUACGUACGUACACACGUAUGUAGUAGGUUAGGCUGUUGUUAGCUAGCUGAAAGUGACCUCCUAGCGGCCUCAAUCUUCCCCAACAUUGAUAGUGUGAGUGAAAAGGAGAGAAGAGGUUGUCAAGGCAUGCGGCAGAGGCUCAGAGGCUCGUCGAAUGUGUGACAUCGUGUAUGUAUGUGUGGCAUUGAAUUGAGAGGUUUCAUGGCCGAGCUACGACUUAUUUUGGGAAUGAGGGCGUCGCCUUGAGUCUCCAGUGUGGGAUUGCCAUCGGAGAGGAGGAGGAUCAGCAUAUUAUAUGACCAAGGGGCCGUGUGGACUCGAGUCCGGGCCGCUUACAUAGGACCAAAGCAUUUCAUAACACGCCCAGACUGUGCCAGUGUUGUAUUGUCUCACCGUCUGUGGUGUUGAACGGGACAUGAGGAGCCUUCAUCCUUGAGGCUCCUACACAACCACUCGGCUUAACCAGUGCCAUAACUUCAAUGCAAUAUAAACGAAACGACAGUACACAAACGCACAUAAUGAGCAACUUUCAAUUGGGGGCCAACAACGCCUAUUCAUCCACCGCCUCCACCGCCCAUUCCAAAGCUCCCUACGGAGGGGAUUGUGAGGAUCCGUACCCGUCACUCUCCGAUUACCAUGACUACGAACCGAACUUGGAAUUCGAUGACUCAGAUCUUCAAACCCAACAUCCCGAACAUGAUGACUUUGAUCUUGUGGAGGAUGCCGGUAAUCGAGAUGGUUUGUCCGUGGGUACUCCUUGCAGUAUUGGAGAGGUCAAGUUCCUCGAAUCCCCCAUGUCUAAUGGAACCAUCGAGGAGGAUUUCGAGACUGCUCUGGUGGCCUCCAAUGAUGGGAAUCUGGGUCAGACCCAAGGUCCUCUGACUUUGUCGCAAGGCAUCGAUGACGAGGACUUCUCAGCUAUUGCCCGCCAUGGAAUCGUCGAAGUGGUAGGAGACGAUCACCAGAAAUUCCUGAGUUAUCUCACUCAAACAUUGGAUAAAUAUGUGAAUAUAGAUUACUCGUUGGUGUAUUUCCAUCAUGGAUUGACUUCGAAGAACAAACCUCCAUUGAAAUGGCUUUGGGAAGUGUACAAGGCCCUCGAUCGACGUUAUAAGAAGAACCUGAAAACUCUCUAUCUAGUCCACCCCACCAAUUUCAUCCGAGUCGUAUGGAACUUUUUCAAGCCCAUCAUUAGCGUGAAGUUCGGCCGGAAAGUCCAAUAUGUCAAUUAUCUUCAUGAGCUUGAGCCUCACAUGGAAGUGGCCCGAUUACCGAUUCCCAAGCAAGUCAUCGAUCACAAUUCGAAACUAGUCGCACGUUAUUGCAAAUCCUCGUUGUCAAACCUGUCGACGGCCAAUGCGGGUCAAGCCCCGCUCUCGCCUCAUCUGCAAUUUGGAGCCUCUCUGGAUUGGAUCAAGGAUCAUUCCGCUCAUGGCCGUGACAUUCCACCCAUCAUGCUUAAAUGCAUUGAUUUCUUGUCCCAACCAGAUUGCCUCGAGACGGAAGGCAUCUUUCGACGAUCAGCAAGUGCUGCUCUAGUGAAAGAACUACAGAGCAAGAUUAACAACGGAGAACAAAUUGUGUUCGAAGAAGGGGACGUUCACAUUGCUGCUGUGAUUCUGAAAACAUUCUUGAGAGAACUUGAGGAGCCCAUUCUUACCUUUGACCUAUUUGAUCAAGUUGUCAAAUUUCAAGAAGUGUCGAGGGAUGAAAAGAUUUCGUAUAUGCAAGAGUUGUUGAGUCGAUUACCCGAUCAGAAUUGCAUAGUACUCAAGCACCUCAUGGAAUUUCUUUCGCUGGUAAUGGACCGCAGCUGCCUCAAUAAAAUGACCUCGUCGAACUUAGCCGUGGUGUUUGGGCCGAAUUUGGUUUGGUCCAAUGAUCAAUCCUUGUCCUUGGCUCAUAUUGGUCCCAUCAAUAGCUUUACCGAGUUUCUACUUGUCAAUCAGGACCAACUCUUUGCAACCUGAUCUAUGCUGAUUUCAUUUCGUUUUUUGAACAAUCCUAAUUGUCCCGUUCAACCUUUCAAGAGCAACAACAAAACACUUUGAAUUCUAAUGAUCCAAAACCUUCUGGCUACGAGCAGUUGCCAGGUGGAGUUCCUUAGGCAUUUCCAUUUUCCUCCAACAAUAUAAACAUUAGCAUUUAUGAUUUAUUGCCCGCAGAACCGAACUUCUUUGUAGUAUUGAAUCCAAGGCUGAAAAUUUGAUUUCACCAAUGUAAUUUCUCGUAACUUUGAACAUUCCUUUGUCUGUCGCAUUUCAUUUGAUUCAUCUGAUUUUUUUUAUUUUGUAAACUUGUUUACCUGAUUCUCUCCUGGGUUGCUGUUAUGAACGAAGUCUUCGGACUAUAGUACACUAAAACACGACACAUUCUUGUGAAUAUGAUACCUUAUUGCAAAUUUGCAAACAAAUAAUUCCAAGACAAUAAAGAAAUUAAUACUUAAAAGA